CUCUGUGUGUUUGUCUCAGUGUCUCUGUUGUGGCUGGAUGAGUCCAGCUCAGCUUAGUGAGCUGCAAACAUGUACAUCUGGUUCACAGUGUUGGCCGGACUGGCCAUCCUGUCCUUCUCUUUCCUCAAAACACUUUUCCCUUACUUUGACGCAGACUGUGCGUACAUCCUGCGGAGCCUCAAACUCGGUGCCAGACUCGUCAAGUACAAGAAAAACAAGCCCUUCUACAGCAUCCUGGACUGUUUCUUGGACGCAGCGAGGAGACACCCCACGAAGACAUUUGUGCACUUUGAAGGUCGAGAUUUUUCUUAUGGCGAAGUGGACAAGCAGAGCAGCAAAGUGGCCAGAGCGCUGCAGGCUGCAGCUCAGCUGAAGGAGGGCGACACUGUGGCCAUGUUUCUCCCCAACGAACCCAGUUUCAUAUGGACUUGGCUCGGUUUGGCCAAACUGGGCUGUGUGGCUGCUCUGCUCAACUUCAACAUCAGGUCCAAGUCUCUGCUGCACUGUUUCUCCUGCUGUGGAGCUAAAGUCAUCAUCUCCUCUGCAGAGCUGCUGGACGCCGUGGAGGAGGUUCUGCCGACGCUCAGAGAGCAGGGCAUCCGCGUGUAUCUGCUGUCGGAAAGCUGUGGGAUCCAGGGCAUCGACUCGUUGUCUGACCAGAUCACUCAGGCCUCAGAUCAGCCUCUGUCCCCAGACCUCAGGGCCAACGUCAAUAUCAGGAGCACGGCUCUGUACAUCUACACGUCAGGCACCACAGGUUUGCCUAAAGCAGCUGUCGUCUCCCAUGAGAGAGUGUGGGCCGCCUCCUUCAUCCAGGCAGCAUGUGGGAUCACAGCAGAGGACAUUUUCUACAUCAACCUUCCUCUCUAUCACAGCGCAGGCUUCCUCAUCGGGAUGGCCGGAGCCAUUGAGAGAGGUAUGACCAUCAUUCUGAGGAGAAAGUUCUCUGCCUCUCAGUUUUGGGACGACUGCAGGAAAUAUAACGUGACAGUGAUGCAGUACAUCGGUGAAACGAUGCGCUACCUCUGCAACACACCCAAGAAAGACAACGACAAGAGCCACAAAGUGAAGAUUGCCAUUGGAAACGGCGUCAGGACAGACAUUUGGACAGAGUUCCUCAAUCGCUUCGGUGACAUUCAAGUCAGGGAGCUGUAUGCUGCCACAGAGGGAAACAUUGGCUUCAUUAACUACACGUCCAAGAUCGGUGCUGUGGGACGGGUCAAUUUCAUCCAGCGGUUUUUCUUUCCUCACGCUUUGAUCAAGUUUGACAUUGAGAAGGAGGAGCCAAUCAGGAACUCUGAAGGUCUGUGCAUCAAAGCAGCCAGAGGUGAAACGGGACUCUUGGUAGGAAAGAUAACGCAGAGGUCUCCAUUUAUUGGCUACGCUGGGAACCAGCACCAGACGGAGAAGAAGAGGCUCCGCAAUGUGUUUAAAAAGGGCGACCUUUACUUCAACACGGGAGAUUUGCUUCUGUUUGACCACGAGAACUUUGUCUACUUCCAGGAUCGAGUUGGUGACACUUUCAGGUGGAAAGGAGAAAACGUUGCAACGUCUGAGGUCGCAGACAUUCUCACAAUGGCUCAUUGCAUUUCAGAGGCAAACGUCUAUGGUGUGAAAGUUGAAGGUCAUGAAGGACGCAUCGGCAUGGCUGCUGUCACUCUGCAAGACGGAGAAGAGUUGGACUGUUCAGACGUUUACAAACAGGUCGUCAACUACCUCCCUGCCUACGCAAGACCCCGAUUCAUCAGGAUUCAGGCCUGCCUGGAGUUGACCGGAACAUUCAAGAUGAAGAAAGUGAAGUUGGUGGAGGAGGGAUUCGACCCGGCGCACAUCGAAGACCGUCUAUACUUCCUCGAUGCGGGGGAAAAAACCUACGUUCCGCUCACUGAGGACAUCUGUGCAGCAAUAGUGUCCAGGCAAAUCAAACUCUAACACAGGAUGGAACAACUCGUCUAUUAACUAAUAUUUAACAGACCUUUUUUGUUUUGUUUUUUUAAAAAACAGUCAACUAAUCUCAGGGGACUUUAAAACAUUACACCGAGUUGAAAGAUUUUUUGUGGAUCAACAGCUAUUGUCCACUUCCAGUUUUGUAAAUGUCCUUCUUAAUUCUGACUGUUGUACUUUUUAUGAUUAAACUUUGGUAAUUCUUUCA